GGUGUACACAAAAUGCUGCUAAAUUGGUAAUUACUAGGAGUCAGUGACAGUGAGGCUGGCAAUAUUGCUUUACCUGUCCCUUCUUCGGCGUUACUUCUCUCUCCCUCCAAAAUUUCGAAAAAUCCCUCACUCUUUCUCUCCUUUAGGGUUAGGGUUUUUAGAUUUUUGUUGUUUUUUCCCAAAUUGAAGUGGUUAUGGCUGGGUACAGGAGUCGUAGCCGGAGCUACAGCCCCCGCCGCCGUAGUAGGAGCCCUCGUGCACGUGGUAGAAGGCGCUACGACGAUGAGCCGCGUAGGUCUUACGGCGACCGCCGCUCACCUGCUCCUUCGGGUUUGCUUGUGCGCAACCUCCCUCUCGACGCCAGGCCGGAGGAUCUUAGGAUUCCGUUUGAGAGAUACGGUCCAGUGAAGGAUGUGUAUCUUCCUAAAAAUUACUAUACUGGGGAGCCACGAGGUUUUGGAUUUGUGAAGUUCCGCUAUGGAGAAGAUGCAGCUGAAGCAAAGCAACGGUUGAAUCACACUCUCAUUGGUGGACGGGAGAUAAAAAUUGUCUUUGCUGAGGAGAAUAGGAAAACUCCUCAAGAGAUGCGUAUGAGUUCCCGUGUAAGUCGACAUGGAGGAAGCCAUAGGAGGACACCACCGAGGUCCCCAAGACGCCGAUAUCAUUCUUACUCUCAUUCACCUUCACCAAGGCAUAGCUCAAGGGAUCAUCGGGAUAGGGAUGAUUAUCGCUCCCCAAGGCGAUCUAGAUCUGUCUCACGGUCCCCUUCACCACGUGAUUAUAGAGACUACAGGACUAACCGGAGGUACCCAAGUCCAAGGGAGAAUGGCCGGAGUCUUCAUGAUGAGAGGAAUUAUGCUCCUAGCCGGUCAAUGAGUCCUAGGGGUAAUAGUCACAGUCCUUCAAGGUCUCAUUCAUGAUUCUACAGUCCUCACUUAUAGCUGAUCAAGUUUUGAUUCCUGAUUCGAGGUGCUGUUCGAGUAGGUGCUGGGUGAAAGAGCACUACAAAGCAUUACUUUAGCCGGAUGAAUAUGUUUAAUUAAAACUCUAGGGUUAUUGGUGUAUGACUUAUGACUGAUGUUGCUACUUGGUGCUCAUGUUUGGUGCUUUAAUCAUCUUAUAUUGCUAGACUAGUCAAUUAGUGUUUAUUAUCAAUGUUAUAGCUAAA